AUGCGUCUGUACCGCCAGCGCAAUGCCCGUCUUGUGCAACCGGGCACGGGUGCAGCACCACAGCCAGUUCCACAGCCGACACGACAGCGAUCGCGAACCAAAGCUCCGGCUGCAACCAACAUCAUGGCAGCUGCAGAUUGGUUCAGGAAGAAUGCGACCUCCUUCACCAACGCUGCCAUUGUUCUGACCGCUCAGAGACGUCCUGAGAAUCCAUCGGGCUGGACGGAAGAGCAGGAGCUGGACAACUUUCUUGCUGCUCCCUUGUCAGACAAGACUACAUCUGACAUGAUUGGAUUCUGGACGGUGCAUUCAAGGUGUUUCAAGUUUCUUCAUGCAGCCAAUCUGCGACAGAACUAUGGGCAUACCAUAUGGCCAACCAUUCAUCUCCUCUUUCUUGAUUAUGUGCCCAUCCCACCUUGGACACCCCACAUUUGUACCUCGAGAGGUACCUUUUUCCGCAUCAGAUCUACCGGCUGGGCCGCCCAGCGGGAGGACUUUCAUCAUCCAGAAGAGGACUUGGUAUGCUAG